UGUAACGUUGUCCCAUUGUGAGACUCCCAGUUUACUUUCACUUUUUCGCCGUUAAAGUACAACACCACUUAUGAUUCAGAAUUUUCAUUGGUUUUUCUGAGGGGGAAAGCUGUGAUAAUGAAGCUUUUCUUUAAUGUACUUGCAGUGGUUUGGUUUUUACUCGACCAUGGUGUGUCUGGUGUUUAUACAGACAGAGUGUCAGUGUCAGUGUCGGAGGGAGAUUCAGUCACUCUACACACUGAGGUUGAAAGAAAACACCAAGAGGAUAUUAAGUGGUAUCUCAGCAGCGUUCGCAUCGCUCAAAUCAGUGGAGAUCUCAGUUAUAUCUGUACAGAUGUUCAGUGUAAUGAAGAUAAUGACAGAUUCAGAGACAGACUGAAAUUGGAUCAUCAGACUGGAUCUCUGACCAUCACAAACAUUAAAAACACAGACUCUGGGGAAUAUACAUUAAAAAUCUUUAGCAGCAGUAACAGCGCAAAGAUAUUUAGUAUUUACAUCACUGAUGUUCCUGCUACUGAACUAUAUGAAAUAAAGGAGGGAGAAUCUGUCACUUUAGAUGCUGGUGUAAGAAAACAACCAAAUGACGUGAUAACGUGGUAUUUUAUUGACACUCUUAUUGCUGAAAUCACUGGAGAUCAGAGUAAGAUCUGUACAGAUGAUCAGUGUAGUAAGAGAUUCAGAGACAGACUGAAACUGGAUCAUCAGACUGGAUCUCUGACCAUCACAAACAUCAGAAUCACAGACUCUGGAGAUUAUAAACUCAAGAUCAACAUCAUCAGCAGCAGCACAUUCAGUAUCACCAGAGUGAAGAGAUUCAGUGUUUCUAUCACUGCUGUUCCAGAUUCAGGUUUGCCUGCAGCUGCUGUAGCAGGAGUAGUUGUUGUUGCUGUUCUGCUGGUUGCUGCUGUAGCUGUUGUUGUGGUUUACUGUAACCGCAGGAGCCGUACAGUAUUAUAACAGAUUGAGGAAGAUGAUGAUAACUCGCCUGACAUUUGUUUGAAGUAGAUGGGAUGUCUUUAAACUCGGUUCACUCACAACAGCAUGAAUGUGCUGGUCUUGUUCUAUUAGUCCUCACUGGUAGAACUGACUGGACUUCCAUAAAUACUGUGAAAAAGAAAACCGCCUUAUCAGCUGAGAGUCAGAAGAUGCAAUCUUGACUGAAAGUGAGCUGACAGAACUAACGCUCUGCUUAUUUAUUUUGCUAAUGUUUAUUAUUUAACCACUAACACUUAAAUCAUCCACUUUCAACAGAAAACACUGGUUAACUAACUUUGAAUAACAGAUUUUUAUAUGAAUUGUUAGAUUUUGCUGUAUUUGGCUGAGCAGUGGUUUGGGUGGCUCGCAGUAUGUAUUAGAUUUCUCUAAUACAUAAAAUAAGUAAGUUUGACCAAAGUUCAGGGGAAAAGAGUUUAUUGAAGAAAGUCGUGUAACAUAACCAUCUUCUAGAUCUUAACCCAUGUAAGGGUCUGAAGCUUCUUCCUAGUUUUUUCCAAUGUUCUCCAUAGCUUCUGCACAGCUUCUCCCAUAGGGAAAGUAAGACUGUCUGUAAGUCAGAACUUUAUACAUAAAAACAAAUGGCUAGAAACAAUAGAUACUGUCAGGACCUCCCGCUGUCGAUCCUGCAGUCUACAAGAAGUUCCUGAGAAAUGCUGUUACUUUGUUAUUCUAAAUGUUUGGACCAUUUGGUUCACAUCUUUACAGAGACAGUUCCUGUUGAUUGCAUUUGGGGCACAGUCACAAUGUAAAUGCAUCUGUCUAAAAUUUACACAUAAUCUUUCUGUAUAGAGCUACAGCUUAAACCUAUGUGCAUUAAUUUAAAUUAUAGCUGCAUUCAGCAUUUAUCAGGGGUCAAGUGCCUUUAAAGCAAUGGCUGAAAAAUAAAAGUAAUGUUUUCUUUAGCAAGCAUGUAACUGCUUACAUCACUGAGAGAAAAGACCAUUUACAGCCAACACAGGCAUUUACAAAGGAAAUGUAUUUGUUGUAGUGCUUUUUAACAGUUAUUGAGGUUGUGCCAGUAAUCUAGGACUAAUUCACAAAAUUUUGCUUUUGAAAUAAUCUUCAAUAUUUGAUGAACGAUUUGCUUGACAGCAGUGAUUUCAGAGGCAGAGUUGCUUAAAAUGAGUUCUAAUUUGGUAUGAACAUUGUGGGCAUGUGCAGAAAAAUGCAUGUGAGAGGCACGUGAGAAAUGCCAAGACACCCCCUGGUGGCAGGUUGUUGUUUUUUUUUUAAUCAUUAUUAUUAUUAUUAUUAUUUUUAAUUUCUCAAAGUCCUCUAGGGGUGUGAUUUAAUUCAGUCUGCCUCCUUGUCUGACAGCUGCUCAAAACAUUGGCUGACAGCAGCUGUGGUUUCCAAGAUACACAAAGUCAUCAAAGGUAGUCUUGGCACCUUGGACAAAAACACCACAUGACCCUUUUUUUUUUUUUUUUUUUUUUUUUUGGAUAGUUAUAGCCAUUUUUAUAUUUUUCCAUGUUAUAGUGCCACAAAGUGGCUAGUCACUGUGUCCUUUUUGAUGUGACCACAGAAUGAGCUACAUAUGUGUGCUGAGUUUGAUGGAAAAUAUCUCAUCCCGGUCACAAGUUACAGACAUUUUAGUAAAAGUGGCUCCAAUCACUUUUAGGUUUUAGUGCCCCUUAGUGACUAAGAUUUGAAAUUACACCUUUUCAGAUCAUGAUUAACAGUUGGAUUCCACAGAAUCUUUCUGUUUGGUUUUGGUCAGGCCAAAAAUCUAGGACUAGUCUGCAAAAGUGUGUGUGUAUAUAUAUACCAGUUUUGGGAUCUGGUGCUAGAUUAUUGGCUCAACCUCAAUAACUGUUUAAAAAAAAAAAAACCCACACACACAAAAAUGCAUACAUUUCCUUUGUAAACUGCCUGUGUUGGCUAUAAAUGAUCUUUUCUAUCAAUAAUAUAGUUGAAAAAAUUGCAUAUGAUAUAGACUCCGUAUUAAACCUUGGAAAUUGUUUAAUUUGUUGAUUUUACUUGAAUGUUACAUCGAUUUCUACGUGUGUGUAUAUUUACAAUGACCCACAGUUUUAAUCUCAAGAUUUAUUUACUUUGUCAUUGUGCUUUGUUCUGUGUGUGCUAUGUAUACUGUGUAUACAAACUCAUAUUUAUGUUUUGUUUUUUUGUCAUUAUGUUUUAAGAUUCAUCCGUCCGAUUAGUUAUUUUUAUAAUUGUUUGCAUUGUUUUUUAGUUGUGUUGUGAUCGUAAAGUGUGAUUGUGUGUUUUAUUAUGUAUUAUGUAAUUAUUAUGUUUUGCUGAUGUAUUUGUAUUGUAUAAUAUCAACACAUUUUGAUUAAUAUGAUUGCCUUUCUUUAAAUGAAUCCAUUUUCAUGAUUCUUUCUUUUGGCAGCAUUGUUUCUUUGUUGCUUUUUUUUUAUUCAUCUCUAGCCUGUUUUUUUUUGGAUAACCCCUUUUGCCUAGCCCCCUGGAUUACACUCACCGUUAAUCGACCCUCUCCUGUUACCAAUUACUCUUUUGUCUUGCUCUUACAUACAUGUUUGCUGAUGUCUGACCCUGCCUGUUUUUGACCAUGUCUCGUCACAAUAAAGUUAUGCAGAUGGAUCUGCCGG